UCUUUCUGCGCUUCUAUUCAAAAUGGCCAGCAGACCAAUCACGUAUGAUGCUUAUUCGGAAACCAUUCGCAUUGGUUCGAUAUCCAGGAGCUAGCGAACCUUCAUUAUUUUCAAUGCAAUUUCAAUGUCAGCUUUUGAUUGAAAACGUGAAUGUGCGCACUGAGAGCCGGUGUCGGACUCAGCAUAAACCAAACGUAUCAGUGCCAGUACAUCCAGUUACGAAGGGCACGCUCUCGGUCCUCCACGGUGUCUAACAUAUCCAGUCAAUAGUUGGAUACGAGUGUUCGAGCAUUCGGUCAAUUGGGACUUUUCGGUGGUAAUUCCAACAAGAGCACGAUCAACCGUGUCCUGGCGUCAUGAAAUCGAUACAUUGCGUUCACAAAUGCCGCUAUACGGAUCGAUGUGACUCGAGGGGUCGUAAUUGACAAUAUCUCCGUGCUUUUCAAGUGCUGUGUAUUUGUCCAUUUUACCCGAAAACGCAUUACAGUGCUGAAAUACACGCAUUGGCGGCCGUCCGACAGGUUUCUCAAACUUGGUCUCCUUGUUAUAGAUAGAAGUUGCUCCACCCGGUCAAGGUCAAGGUCAACGAAGUGGAGUGGGCAGGACCUUUCGAAAGUCUAGAGCUCGGGAUAUAGAGCAGGGAAGCAACUCAUUUCGGCCAGCACACAACCAUCGAUUCACAAACCCCUCCCGAGAGACCCGAAAGAUUCUAUCGGGUGUCUCGCUUGGACCGUAAAAGAAGAAAGAAUUUCGGAAGCUGUAAAAUACACACUUCUUUCCUUCCUUCCUUCUAUAGAUAGGUACUUGGGUUCAUGCGCAGCAUACAGGGCUCCAACUCCUUUGUUGGAAACUGCGUUCCAGUGAUUAGACUCGCCGAGAUCACAUCUACAGUUGGAAGUGACAAUCAAAUGUGGUGUGGUGGUCCCUUGCACUAGCCCUGAAGGAAAAGUUGGUAUCAUCAGCCGAGAACCCCAAAUUCGCUGGCGAUUUUAAAUUGAACUUUGUUUUCCGGGUCGUUCCAGGAAGCACCUCGUAUCCUUUAAUCCUUUUCGACCAUGACUGUUCCGAACCCGGACUCGGUAUAAAACCCCCUCCACUUCGGUCAUUUAAUGAUCUUUUAGGCUCUUUUUUUAGCUAAAAACCGAAGCCCUCUCGUUCAGAAUGUUUAACAACGCUCAGAUUCCCGAGGACGAUGAAGAAAUGGACGAGCUUUCAGGCGAGGAAAUUGCGGACCAUUUCAAGGAGAUCGUAGUCGACGGCAGCGAAAGGCUCUAUCACGCUAGCGCUACGGCUCCUUACCCUUUUCCGGUGGACACUCCAGAACAAAAAAGAGUCAAAAAGGAACACGAGCUCCUCAAAUUCCUACUUGGAAGUAACCUAAACGGUACUAUUUCCCAAGCCUUAAUCCCCACUUCGUCGAGACAGAGAGUCGUAGUCGAUUUGGGAACUGGUCCCGGUCAAUGGCCCAAAGAAAUGGCAGACGCUUUCUCUCACGUCACUUUUCAUGGUCUAGACAUAGUUCCUAUCGCUCCACGAGUUGGUCUCCCGGAUAACGUUCAUUUUGAAAUUCACGAUAUCAAUGAACCAACCCGAUUUCUCAAUGGCUCCAUCGAUGUUGUCCACGCUCGCUCAAUCUCAUUGACAGUUAGAGACUACCGAACUAUCAUUAGGGAGGCCGCAAGACUUCUUCGACCCGGAGGAGUAUUUUUCUCCGGCGAGUGGCGGAGAUAUCCUACCUUCGACCCUGCGAUCUACCCAAACAACGUCACCACACCGUAUAUCAACGCUCCCGGACUCACCCGUUUCUUCGAUCAAUGGAACGAAAUACUCUAUCAACGGUUAGGUAUCCGUCCAGACGUGGAACGGGAAAUACCACAGUUGAUCGUUGAUUCCAGGUUUUUCACGAAUGUGACUCCUUAUGCGGCGUUUAUGCCGAUUGGAGAUUAUCGUUUUGAGUUGCCGAUGAAACAGGCUGGGAGGGCGUAUAGGGAUUGUAUGAGUAGGUAUAUGGAAUCUUCGAGGCGCCUUUUUUUGGAUAGUGGGUGGAGUAACGCGAGUCUUGAUACGAUGUUUUUGAAUGCCGCACAGAAUAUGAGAUUUGUGGAGGGGUUGGGGGGGGUGUAUUAUACUGUGACUGCCAUCAGAGUUUAG